AUGCCCGACGUUCAGGACGAGAUCGAGAAGUCAAAUUCGAAAGGAGUCAUUAACGCCCUCCCUGUAGAUGCGUCCGUUGACGAUGCCAGUCCACAAGAUGUCUCCAGGACAAAGGGCAGUUGGCUUCGAAGGCUUAUAUGGGACUCCUUGGACAAGUCUCCCGAAGAGCGACGCUUUGUCAACAAAGCAGACUGGUUCAUCAUGUCAUACGUCUGUAUUGGAUACUUCGUCAAGUAUCUCGAUCAGAACAAUGUGAGUACUGCUUGGUAUGGAGUGAAAAUGUUCCAGCCAGAGUGCUAAUCCGCGCAAAAGGUGACCAACGCCUAUGUAACCGGCAUGAAAGAAGACAUCAACAUGUCAGGGCAAGAUUACAAUCUGCUCCAGACGAUGUUCACCACAGGCUAUGUGAUCGGCAACCUCGCUUCUCAGCUUAUAAUGCUGAAGCUGCGACCCUCAAUACUGCUCCCAGCAUGCGAAUUCGGUUGGAGCAUUCUGGUCAUGGGCAUGGCUGGGGCCAAGGAUCUUAAAACACUUCUUGUCCUUCGAUUCUUCAUCGGUCUCCUCGAGGCCAGUGCAUUUCCUGGAAUCCUCACUCUCCUGGGCAAUUGGUACAAACCAGAGGAGUUGGGAAAGCGUUCUUCAAUUUUCAUCGCAACUUCCGCAGCGGGUUCGAUGUUCUCCGGCUACCUCCAGUCAGCGCUGUACUCCGGAAUGAAUGGCGUCUCCGGUCUUGCAGCAUGGCGCUGGUUGAUGAUCUUCGACGGAGUCAUUGGCAUUCCUGUGGCACUUUACGGCUUCUUCGCAGUGCCAGACAGCCCAACCAACACUCGUGCCGUCUGGCUCAAACCGAAAGACCGUGAAAUGGCAAUCCAGAGGAUGGAACAAAUAGGCCGUAAGCCACCCACGAAGCUCACGUGGAGAAUCGUCAAAGAAGCCCUGAGCAUGUGGCCGAUGUGGCUUUUCCCCAUCGCUUUCGCAUGCCAUGUCCUAGGUAUCCGGAUCUACAGCUACUUCAACAUUUACCUGAAGAGUACUGGGGAUUAUACCGUGCAGCAAGUGAACGAGAUUCCGACAGCCGGCUAUGGGUACCAGAUCGCGUGUGCUCUGAUCUUCGCGUGGGUAAGCGACUACUACCGGACGCGAUGGUGGAUUGUGUGCAUUGCAUGUAUUCUUUCUAUGAUCGGAACCAUCAUUCUCUGCGUGUACCCGGAAGAUAACACUUCCGCAAUGCUGGCUGGUUGGAUGCUCACUUAUGGAGAGACCGGAGCUGGGGCUCUGAUCAUAACAAUGAUCAAUGAAGCCUGUUCGUUUUCUAGCGAACACAGAGUGAUCACCAUUGGCUGGACAGAAGCAUUUUCGUACGCAAUGAGUGCCUGGGUGAUUCUGUUCACAUACCCGUCCGGAGAAGCGCCAAGGUUCAAGAUUGGAUACGAGAUGGCGACAAUGUUCUUCGCAAUUGAGAUCGUGGUUAUCGCGAUGAUAGCAUUCUGUAUGAAACGGUGGCCGCCGGGGGUGUGA